AUGCCUGUCGCUCAACACAAAGCUUGGAAAGCAUGCCGCAAAGGUAAGAGCUUCAUAAGGAUUAGAUAACUUGAAUUUUUCUAUUUCAUCUCUGAAAGAAUAAAACUGGUUUAUGAGUUCGACAUUGUUUGCUAAAUCUACGGGAAAGAAGUUAUGAGUGUUUUACCAUAAAAAGCCUCUGAAAGGUUUCGUGACUUUUUGAGAGCAACUGCAGGAAAAAAGUCUUUUUAAGGACAAAAUAGCCCCCGAACUGACUUCAAAGUUUGAAUUUUCAGGUCGAGUCCGUACAUCCAGCAUGGGUUCCUGCCUCUUCAAGCCGCUGAACAAAGUGGAACCGAAAAGACUCGUGCGAGUGGAGCAAGGAAUGGUCGAAGGAACGGCGCUGGUGACUUCUCAAGGGAGCCAAUGUGAGGUCUACCUCGGCAUUCCCUACGCCAAGCCUCCCGUCGGCGAGCUCCGGUUUCAGGUUCUUUUUUCUUUCAUUUGCUCGGUUAUUCCAAUUUUUACCUUAAUAACACAUUUUUCUUCUUGAAAUGAAGUUUUUCCUUCCUGUCUUGACAUUAAGAAAACUGAAAUAGCGAUUAGUUCCGCGUAGAUGUACACAAUCGAACUUUUUACUUGGUUUUGUUUGUGUUAUUUUGUGUCUUUCGCCGACUAUUGCUGUUUGUAACCAAUCUUCAAAAAUAUACUUGACCAAAAUAAGUUCGCGCAACAUGGAAUAAGUAUUUUUGAGACUUUAUUAUCAGAGAACAAAAUCAAGAGAAAAUCACUCAACUCAUGUAAAAUAACAAUGAGAAAAAUGUUCUAGCAUUCGAAAUGCAGGAAGUUAUGAAUUUACUUUAAAAUUUAUGGUUAUCAAAAAACUCUAGUCAAGAUUCAAAGAGCACUGAAUUAUGAAAAAAAAAACAAAGAUAAAGGAAAGAUAGGUACUCCCAGAGUUUGAUGAAAAUUUUUCGUAUUUGUUCGAAGUUUCAGCUCGCAAAUAAAAAAAAGCAAAAUUUCAGCGUUUAAAGUAAAUAGACCAUUCAUCAGGAAUUUGAAACACGUUCAAUUUUUCCUUGAAGGUCGAUUGAAUGAUCUUUAAACUACCACAAAUAAAAGAAUAAACUGAAUUUUUUCCUUUUCAGAAACCUCAGCCGCCGGAUUCGUGGGACGACGUUCUGAAAUGCAAAAAAUUUCCUUCGCGAUCCGUUCAAAAGGACAUGAUGUGGGAUAAAGUCAUGUCAAGCGCCUCCCAAAGCGAAGACUGUCUGUACCUGAAUGUUUUCGCCCCUGCAGUGGAGGAAGGCAACAACAAGGUUGGUCAAGAACAAAAAAAAUCAACUUAUCGCUAGCACUAUCAAAUUUUUAAUCGCGAUUUCAAAUUCCCCUCCGAAUGUGAUCAAUUAAAGUAUCUUCAUAUUAUAAAUCGAACUUUUUUGGAAAACUUUUUUUUUUCAUAAGUCAGAUAGAUCAGAAUGCCUCGAAAGAACCCUAAUAAUUAAAUUAAAAAGACCUAAACAAAUUUCCAAUUUUUUCAAUUCCAGAAACACCCUGUCCUCUUCUACAUCCAUGGGGGAGGCUGGCUGAUGGAUUCCGCGGAAAAAUAUACGCCAAAAAAUGUCUGUCGGCUGCUGGUCUCGAAAGGAAUCGUGGUUGUGACGAUCCAUUACCGCCUGGGAUACCUCGGAUUCAUGAGUACGGGCGACAGCGUCUGCAAAGGCAACUUCGGCCUCUGGGACAUGCUGGAAGCCUUGAAAUGGACCCACGCCAACAUCGAAGCUUUCGGUGGAGAUCCAAAGAAUAUCACUCUUUCUGGUCAAAGUGCCGGGGCCGCUUCUGCCGAUUUGCUGUCUAUUUCACCGCUAGCACGAGGUUUUUAUACUUUUUCAUUCAGGGAAUAAAAAAAAAGUUUCAGGUUUGUUCAACAAGAAAAUACUGAUGGGAGGAAACUCCUACUGUCAUUGGGCCACGACAAAACCUGCUGAAAUCCGCGAGUACUGUAGAAGAAAGGCUAUUAAACUUGGAUACAAGCCGAGAGACAGUAAGCUUCGUUGCUGUUUUUUUUUUCGAAGCUUGGGUUUACAGGUUAUUCCUCGACAACGGAAGAAAGCGCCGAUAUUUUUGACUUUUUCAAACGGCAGCCGGCUGAAAAGUAAGUUUUGACUGAAGUUUUUUUUUGUAUUGAAGGACUUUUUGUAUUUUUUGAAAGUUUCGUUCGUCAAACUACUCUGCGAUUUAUGAUAGGGACAUUCUGAAACCUUAGUCAGCAGAAGUUUCUCAACUUUAAAGGUUAGAGAAAAUUUCCAAACGUUGAUAAUUUUGGUUUUCCGUAAUUUUGAUCUGCUUGUCUUCGAGGGCUUAAAAAUUAAAAAUUAAAGUUACCCUUUUGCCGAAAACUUUGCAACUUUUUUUUUGAUGGCUGUACAGAAUAAUUUUUCAGGCUCGAAACGACAAUGUUUUUCUCGAAAACGAUUUUCACGAAGUGCAAAUUACCGCUUGCACCGGUUAUCGAUGGAGAAAUCCUGCCAGAGAGUUUGAGCCAACUACGCGCCAACGCACCACAGGUGCCCAGCAUCGUUGGUGGCGGCGAAUACGAAUCCCUACUUUUUAGUUCGUUUUUUCCAAAAACUUGAUCCAAAAUCUUUUUUUUAAAGUUAUAAUCGCAAUUUACAGUUGCAAUCGGCCUUCUCCGCUGUUCAGCCAAGGACGUCGCCCAUGCGAUCGACGAAGUUUCGACGCGUAGCGGAUACGCGAAAUCCUUCGUUCAAAAAUGUGCCCAGCAGCUUUACGGAGACUCACAAGAUGUCCGGAACAAUGCAAAGAAAAGAAAAAGGAUGUAUGUGGAGGUGAGAAGCUUCAGGCUGCAUCAGGAAGAAAAUACGGAAUCUUUAGAUGAUUUCCGACAUCUUUUUUAACUACGCCAAUUAUCGCCUGAUGGAUGAGCAAAAAAAGGCGGGAAACAAUAAUUGCUACGCUUUUUGCUUCGAACACACCAGCAAGAAUGUGUGGGGAUGGCUGCAGCACGUCGUUCCUUUCACCGGUUCGUCUGAAAUAUUUAUUUCUUGCGUGCAAUCGAAGUGAGUCGGCUGGUAGACAGGAAAUCAUCUUUCAACUACAACAAGGGAGAAGUUCAUAUUCAAACGAAAAACUUCAUUUUUAACUUUCGGAUAGUGUAGGAAUUCGAACUAAAAGAGAGUUUUAUUGCAGUCUAACGAAUAAUCCAAAAACAGGCAAUUUUAGAUUAAUAUUAAAAUUCAAAAACAGUCAGCGCUCUUCCGUUCAUGAAAUGAAUUCCCUGUCUGCGAAAAAAUCUCCGUUUUCAGAAAAUAAGGGUUCAUUGCAUCUUAAUCGCCCAUCAAUUGAGCUCACAUUAGUUUUUUUUCCCAAAAGUUUGAAGCAUUGACUUACAAAAAAGAAUGAUUCUGAAGAAUGAUACUUUUUUUUUCUAUUUAUUAAAAAGUAGUCCGAGUAACUUUUUCAAACCUUCCAUAGAGCAGCAAUACUUCUUGCACCCUGAUGAUGCUCAUGAAUGAUCACCUUUUCUUUAUUCUGAUCGUUUUCAGGAGGAACGCACACUUCCGACGUCACGUACCUCUUCGACUGUAAUUAUAUGAACGCGCCUCUUCCGAUGGAUAAGCAGGAUCGCGUCGUCUCCGACGUCAUGACCCGAUAUUUCGCCCAAUUCGUCAAGUCGGGGUUAGUUCGCACGAUUUUUUCCAUUUAUUUUUUCUUCCUGUUCCAGAAAUCCAAAUGAAAAAUCCACCAAUGGAGCUGAAUUGCCGCAAUGGACUCCGAUCCAAAACGACGACACCGAAAUGAAAACUCUCUGCUUCAAUUUAGAACCUCAGAUGAAAACAAAAGUGAGCGUUUUUCAUAGACAGAGGGAACUCGAAAGUAGUAGUUUGAAAAUCUGCCAAAACUAAGGCUAGGCCAACUGACCAUAAUUCAUGAAAAGCUGUCCAAUCUAUCCAUUUCCAUUUGAAUCAAGGCUACUUAAAAUUUUUCAGUCUAUUCUCUCUAAAGACUGAAUAAUUUCUGGAAAUUUCGAGGUUUCAUGACUUGACUAAAAUCAGAAGACAAAACAUUUUUUUAUGGAUUUGAACUUUUGUUUCAGCUGAGAACUUUUUCUUUUGCGCAGACCUUGUGAAAUUCAAAAAAAGGCUCGACUAAUAACUAUGAGAACUUUCAGGAAUACAUUCAAAGAAUGCGACAACUUCAAGAAGAAAGGUCGAAAAUACCGUCAAUUCAAAUUUCCUGA